UGGAAGAGGAGGUGUACAUGGUUCAACCACCUGGCUAUGAGGAUGGAACCAGUCGUGUCUGCAAACUUAACAAGGCCAUCUAUGGCUUGAAGCAGGCCCCGAGAUGCUGGUACAACAGGCUGGCCAGUGCACUGGAAGGGAUUGGAUUCCGUGCGAGUGCAUGCGACGAAAGCCUAUUCCUGAUGGGCGAGGGGGAGUCGCUUGUGCUUCUGCUGGUGUACGUGGAUGACAUCCUGCUCUUCAGCAGCAGUGACAAGGAGAUCGAUGUGGUGCAGCGGAAGCUCACAGAGCAGUUCAAGUGCAAGUCACUUGGAGAGGCAAGGUACUACCUGGGAAUGCACAUUGAGCGGGAUACUGAACGUGGCUGGCUCAAACUGCAUCAGGGACAGUACAUCAACACCUUGGCUGAGAAGUACUCUCUGCAGGAAGAACGGGAAGUGGUUACACCUUUGCCUUCCGAGUUCAAACUCAUAAAGGCAGCUGAAGGAGAAGGAGUUGAAAGUGAAGACCAGAGGAAAUUCCAAUCCAUGAUGUGCUUGGAUUGUGCAUGACAUCGAGCACAUUCCAACGAGCCAAUAAUUGUUGGAAUCGGAGCACAUAUGAAGAAGUUACGAAGAAAUGUUUGAUGGAUUU